AUGGCGCAGCAGAACCAGCUCUCCGACCUGCUCCUGCUGGGGCACCGGCACAUCGAGAAUCCCGAGCUCACGCCGCUGCAGCGCGCCGCCAUCACACGACAGCUGUACAGUUGCGUCCUCGAGCGUCCCGAGUGGCGCGAGUGCUUCCUCCCCUCUUCCGACGAGGCUUCGAGCUCCUCCGCAACGAGUGUCCCGAGCUGGGACAACCUGUACGAAUGGCUCGAGCCGACGCAGGGCCCGGCGCAGGGCGACGGUUUCGGCCCGGAGAAGACUUGGAGCCUGUACGCCGCCCAGCAGGCGCUCGAGGACAAGGCGAGGAAGGCGGGCAAGUCGACCAAGCAGCCCAAGCCCGGCGCAGUCUGCGGCAAGGUCCUGCAGCGUUACGACCGGACAUACAUCUGCAACUCGUGUGUCCUGUGUGUCGACUGUUUCCACGCAGGCAACCACGAGGGACACGAGGUGCUCUUCGGCUUAUCCUACACGUUUGCGGCGGUGUGCGACUGCGGCGACCCGUCAGCAUGGCGCGACAACGGACACCUGGGAUGCAGCCACCACCCGCCGCUGGCGCCGGGGGAGGAGCCGCCGAAACCCAGCCCAGACGUUCCGCCGGCUCUCGGCACGGCACUUUACGAGACCAUCGUGACUGUGCUCGAGUUCAUCAUCCGCGUGCUGCAGCACUCGCCGCUGCCGAACGACUUUGGCAAGCUCCCCGCCUCAAGAGCAGACAUGUGGAAGGGCAACGGGCCCAGCGGCGAGCCGAUAGAGCGCCGAGGAAGAGGACCAUGGGCUGUCACCGCCUGGGCCGACGACAAGCACGUCCUGAGAGAGGUCACGAGACAGUUCCGUGACGCUCUCGGGUGCACCUGGGAGGAGGCCGAGCGAUACGCGAAGGAGACGGAUGAGGUCGUGCUGAUCGUGACGAGACUCGAUGCUCUUGCGUUCCACACGGCGUCCAUGCUUCAGCAGAUCGAUAUCGGUGUCACGCUUCGGAGCGCAGCCGACGUGUACAAGGAGGAGGUCGUCGGACUCUGUCUCCAGUGGCUCAGCGACAUGUGCAAGGUGACGAUUUGCGGCGAGGAAGACCUGUUCCGACGGUACGUCGCCAUGGCUCUGUUCGAGCCGCGAUCCCUGUCACCAGUAUGGGAGGGUACGCCGCUCGCUCCGGACCUGGCGCAGCUCGAGCGCGGAGUGGGCAACGGCGAGGCGCGGCGCUUCGACUGGCUGAUGCGCCUCGACGUGCGCCUCUGGAAGCGGGCCAAGUGGCAGCUUCGUGAGAUCUACUCGGGCAUCUUUGUGCUCGGGUGGGACAUCAAGCGCGAGUUUGCGACACGCUAUUCGAUCAACUACGGACACACGUUCGAACACUACCUGUAUCAGGAGCGGGACGACUCCAGUCUGGCCUUCAGCAUGAGCUACAUGCUCCUUGGGCGCAACUCGGCGUGCGGCGAGGCCAUUGUCGAGAGCAAGUUAUUCAGCUCUGUCCUCGACACGGCGUACAACUACUAUGCGUCGCGCCCACCAUCAGUCGACGAGGCCGCCAAACCCCUCCGAGACCGCUUCGACAUUGACUCGCCAGCUUUCCGAGGGAAGAAGGGAUUGACAUUGCUCUCCCACCUCCGCGCACUGUUAAAGUACAAGGAAGUCAAAGCGCAGCUCGUCCACGACCCGGAACUCUUCCAGCGCACCCUCGACUUCCUGAACCACUUCGUCGGCCUGCAGUCUCAGCGUAAGGAACUCGACAAGCACGUCGAGUACGAGAUCGACUGGGUUAAGAGCAUCAGCGUGCUGCCGGACUUGACGAAACUCGCGCGCGAGUUUGGCGAGUCCUUCCGCUCCGCGCAGGCUUAUGAGCUCCUCGACGCACUGCACAAUGUCUCGAAGCGCAUCGUCGACGAUCUCUCGCUCACGACCGAGACUCUCGAUGCGACCCUCUAUCCCGAACCGCAGUUCAAGACUGUUUCCGGCAUCCUCACCCCCGGUUCCAGCUUUGAGCUGUACCAGCUCGACAUUAGCCAUAUCACCGGCUUCUCCUUCCACCACUACAUGCACCUUGUGCUCGCCGAGAUGCUCAAGAGCUUCUCAGCCGUCUGCUUCAAGCCCGAUCCUGCAGGACGUGACUUUGUCGAUGUCGUCGAGAAGAGCAUCAUCCGGGCCGAGUCCCCAAAGGAGCUGAACGAAGCAAAGCUCCUCAUGAUCGAGUGGCCGCUGCAGAGCAUGUGGGCCAAGAACGGCGCUGCGAUGCGCCACCAAUACCACCACUACCGCGACCUCGGGUUGCGAGAGUUCACGAUUGACCAGGAGUUUUUCCUCCUUCAGUUCGGUUUAUCGAUCAUGGACCCGGCGCAGUUUGUUACUGCCCUGAUUCAGCGAUAUGAUCUGGGCUCGUUCUUCAGCCUCGACGUCAUGUCGCCCGGCGUGUGGGCGUCGUCACCGUACGACCCGCGCGAAACCAUCGCCAUGUUCGAGGAGUUCCUGCUCCUGCUCGUGUACCUCGUCUCGGACACGAGCACAGUGAAUGGCUGGAAACCCGAGGUUGUGACCAGAAAGCACAUCAUCCACAUUCUGGCCCUCGGACCGAUGUCGUACUCUGAGAUUGUGCGCAAGCUGCCGGAACGCAGCCACGAGCGCGGCUCGCUCGUCCCGAUCCUCGAGCAGGUCGCAGACUUCCGGCCACCGACAGACACGGCGACCGGAUCGUACGCGCUCAAGCCCGAGCUGUACGCCGAGGUAGACCCGUACUGGCGCCAGUACAGCCGGAACGAGCAGCGCGAUGCGGCCGAGGUCCUCCUGCAGCGGGCAAAGAAGGACAACCCGGAGAUCACGAACCCCGUCAUCAAGCCGCAGCCGAUCCACGUUCCUGAGAAGCCGCUGCCGUUCUCGGGUCUCGCCGACUUCCUCGCGCAGCCCGUUGCGUCGCAGCUCGUACACUGGACGGUCGCGCACUGCAUGCUCCUGGCGCAGCCGAACGAUUGGCCGGGCCUCGUCAACGCCGACGGCACUGCUUCUGGCAACACAAUGCCGAGCAUGGAUGCGCUGCUCAACCUCGGCCUGCACCUCGCCAUGAUGGCGCUCGCGGCCGACCCCGAGGGCUUUGCGUUCCGCUCAUUAGACUUUAUCGAGAACGGCGGCAAUAUGAGCCUCUUCCAGAAUCUGUGGUUCAUGCAGACCAACGCCCCGUUCGAACCUUUCCGCGCCAAGGUCGACUACAUCCUCGAAGAGAUCGUGACCCACCUCCCCGAGAGCUACACGGUCGACUACCGGACGCAGCGCGAUGCGCGUGCUGCCGCGGCCCGCGAGGCCGCGAACAAGAAGCCGCACUCGGACGCCAAGGCGCAGGCACAGGCCCGCCAGAAGGCACUGAAGGCGCGUUUCGCCCAGCAGCAGGCCAGUUUUGCCGCGAGCUUCCUGGACGAGGACGAAGAGAUCGAGGAGGAAGGAGGAGAAGCCGGGCGGACUGGCGGCAUGCUGGCGUUCCUUCAGCCCAGUCGCAUCAUUCGCGACGCUGUCACCGAUCGCGACUGGUUCGAGGAGGUGCUGCUCGCACCCUCGGACCUCGACCGCGACACGAGGUACCUCCGUUACGGCAUGGGGACCACAGGCGAGCCCCUCAGCACGGAUGCGUACCCGUCGACAAACCUGCGCUUCGGCGUCUACGUUUCGGCGUGCAACCACCUGAUGCACGAUAGCUGCAUCAACAGUUAUAACGAGCUCACGCGCAACCGCCAGGCGACUUCGGUUCAGCGCCACCAGCCCGAGAAUGCCAUGCGACACGAGUACAUGUGUCCGCUGUGCCGAAGCAUUGGCAACGUGCUCAUCCCGCUGGAUCCGACGGCGACGCCGCUCCGGCCGACACCAAAGUCCAAAGUUGCGCCCGGGCUGCCGCCGACGCUGAGCGAACGUAUCCGCUCGGUGUCCGAGGAGGGCUUGUUGCGCGUCUCGGACUCGGCCAAGAUCUGGGAGUUCCACGUCGAGACUGGCGAGCUGGUCCCGUGGUUCACCGACUGCAACUUUACAUCCCACGCGUACGACAGCGCGUACCGCAAGUCGCACAAGAAUGUGCACCGCAUGGUCGACCGUGUUCGCAGCUUGACCCGACCUCUUAGCGAGCAGAGCCAGCGCAUCCGAGGCAAGAAGACGCACAUGUACCUCGCCGACGACAUGGUCGGGUACACUGUCAGCGUUGCCGAGAUCACGCACCGCGGCAUUGGCUCACCGGGAGCCACCGUCGCCGAGCAAGUGCCCGAGACUGGACUCAAGCUCAUCAAGCACCUGAUCGGCACGCUGCAGCUCGAGCUCGACCUCUUCUUCGGCACGAAGAUGGACCGCACCCCGCUGCGAGUGGGGCUGUUCGCCCGCUUCCUGCCCGACUGGUACCGCAGCGCGACGCUGCCGUCGCCGCUUCUCUUCCGCCUGCCCCUUGGCAUGGUCAUCGAGGCUGCCGCAAUCGCUCCAGACCUCCUGCAUGCCGUCAUUGUCAUGUCCUACUAUGCCGAGCUUACUAGGACUAUGCUCGGCCUGUCGGUGUACAUCCGGCGCUCUCUCGCCGGGCGUGCUCAGCCGCAGCGCCGAACGCAGCCUCCGACCGACACGUCGCUCGAGGACGCGCUCAGCGUCUUCUCCGACUUCAGGCCGCUCAUGGUCAGCGUGCUCCGCAACGCGGGUCCGUUCAUCGACAUCGACGGAGUGCUGAACCUCGUCACGGACGACAUGCUCGCCAAGAUCCUGUACAGCUUCACGCUGCCGUUCCUGCGCCGCGCCGCCAUCGUCUACUACGCCGUCAACGGGUCAUACCCGGUCACGAACCCCGACUACAUCGUGACGCAGGGCAGCGAGUACAACCGUCUGCUGUCACUGAUGGGCAUCCCGCGCCCGCGCGAGACGCUCGCAAACCCGCAGAGCACGGAGACGCCCAUUGUCGCCCGCUGGCUUACCCAGUGGGCCAUGCAGGGUCGCAUCCUCCCCUCGCUCGAGUACCCGGGCACGUACGAGUUGAUGCGUCUGCCGCAGGCUUACGAAGUCGCUGCCAUUCGCUACGCGCGCCGCCGGUGCGACCACUGUGGCCUCCGACCGAGUUACCCCGCCAUCUGCCUGUUUUGCGGCAAGAUGGUGUGUCUUGCGGGCGACUGCUGCAGCGAGGGCGAGCAAGGAGAGUGCAAUCUGCACAUGCGAGAAUGCGGCGGUGUCGUCGGCAUGUUUGCGGACAUCAAGCGCUGGGUCAUUGUGUACCUCUUCGCGGGCUCUGGAUCCUUCGGCCCCAUGCCGUACCUGGACCAGUUUGGCGAGUUAGAGACUAGUCUUAGACAGUACAUGCACCUGGGAAGGAUGGAGGAGCUGCGCCGCAACGUGUGGCUGCAGCACGGCGUGCCGACGUUUGCCGCGCGCAAGCUCGAGCUUACAAACGACGGAGGCGCGAGGGGAGCGGGCACGGGCAUGAGAAGAGCGAGUUUAGAAUGCACGGACUGGUAUCGCAUGACCGCGGCCCCUACCGCCCGUCGGAUAUUGGGCCGUGAGGACGAUCAGGACCGUGUCAGUGCAUCUGCUCCAGAACCCUCAGGCCGAAGUCCAUCCCAACCUGCCCCUCGUGCAACCACGCGGGAGCGGGUUGAGCCAAGUGUGCGAACGAUGGCGCAUCCGCGUCGUCUACAUGCGACAGGGAACCGGGUGACACGCCUCAUCAAGCACUAA